GUACACGCUUGCUAGGCAGUUACAUUUACUGCUAGUUAUCCUUAGUACACCAACUGCAAUAUGGGUCGCUGCAGAACAGCGGCGUUGCUGCCACUUCUGCUCGUGUGCGUCUUUAGUGCUUCAGCUUUGUCAGCAGCUGUGCAGGAGGAGCAUGAGGUAGUACCUGUGACGGAUGCACACGCUCCCGGAGAAAUUAUUACCAUCAAGCUCCGCCCUGCUGUGAAGCGCAAGAAGGAGGAUGCUCGUGCCCUAGCUGACCGGCUGAAGACCCUACCAGAACUUCAAGGUGCCUCCCUAGCGGCGGUGUCUCGUGACCUCCUGGUCCUGACGCCCUCCCCCAAGCAGCAGGCAGACCAGGUCACGCAGCUGCUGCUCCAGCAACCCGAUGUAUACGAGGUGGAAAUCGGCGAGCAACAAUUCCGACGUGACGACGAUAAGCCGUACGACCAACUGCGAAAAGACAUGCUGUCGGAGGCGGUUUCAAGCACCAAGUCCCGCAUUCGGGAACGCAUUAAGAACAAGCUUCGAGCGCUGGCUGGCCGACUCAAGCCGUCGUCGUCAGGACCUGCGGGCCCACAAGCACCAGCAGCAGCGGUUUCCUCCGGCCCAGGUGACAGUGUGAACAGCGGCGGCAGUCCUGAAGGACGAGAGUCGAGGCAAGGCGAGCGGCAGAGGAAGAAGCCGGCAGCAGGGCGAGGGGCGAAGCGAGGGAUCCGGGGCGGCAAACGUCGGGGGAUGAAGCGCCGGCGGGAGGUUGGCAGCGGCGGCGGAGAGGGCGCGAAUGGGGAGCUUUAGGAGAGCAGGUAGCGUGUGAUGGAUGUCGGUGUUUGUAUGUAGGAAGAAGUGAAGUACAUGUACGGAGAGCAGGUGAGGUGGGCUGCAGGUUGUGGGGUUACCGGUACAGUUUUGUGGCCACUGGGGGGCUAAUACUAGUCCUUCUAUUCUGGCCGGUGCAGUGGUGGUUGUUUCCGUUAGCAGGGCCGUCAUGCUGCGGGCGCGAAGACUUUGCUUCAGAACAUGGCUACCGGGCUCUGGGAAGGAGCUAAACAUACAGACGCUUAUCACACCUUGGGAAUUGUGGG